AUGCUCUUCGAGAGAUUGUACGUGGUGUUGGCAACAGGGGUAAUCGCCAUUGUGGUCUUGUACGCGAAUCGCAGAUGGCGUCGCCAUCUUCGUGACGUUCCUGGUCCAUUCUGGGAUAGCUUCAGUUAUGUCCCCAGACUACUGAAGACGGCAUACGGCCAAAGGUGUUACAUCGACAUUGAUCUGCACAGAAGAUAUGGCUCGCUGGUCCGUGUAGGGCCGAACGAGAUUUCCUUCUCAGACAGCUCUGCCCUGUCCCAGGUGUACAGUGCAAACACUCGAUAUGAGAAGUCCGAUUUCUACGUUGCCUUUGAUGCCAAAGGUCCACAUGGUUCCAUGCCGACCGUGUUCUCGACCCGAUCCGAAAAGGAACACCGCGGACUCAAAAAGCCGAUCUACGGGGCCUAUACUAUGGCCGUCAUGUUGGAGCUUGAACCAUUGACCGAUGAUUGCAUUCAUAUCUUUGAACGAAAGAUUGAUGAGAAGAUUUCGCAAUCGAGAGGCCAGGUGAUAGUGCUUGACAUGAAUGAGUGGCUACACUGGUAUGCAUUUGACGUAGUCAUGUCAGUGAGUUUCUCGAAGCCAUUAGGGUUUAUGCAGCAGGAGCAAGAUGUUGGUGGUCUGAUAGCUGCAAUUGAAGGCCGCCUGAGGUACACUGCAACCGUUGGUCAAGCACCGUUUCUCCACCCAUAUCUACUGGGCAGCAACUUAGUGAGCAAGGUUGCCAACUAUAUUCCAGCACUGGCCAAGAUGAACACCUCAAGGAGAAUCGUCCAGUUUACAGCCGAUCAGGUCAAUCGCAGUGAUGUCGAUCAAGGGGGUAAAGGCUACAUCGACAUGUUAGAGCGAUUUAAGAGUACAGGUCUGGAUGGAGAAGAAAUAUCACCGAUCAACGUCACUGUCGCCGCUUCCGGAAAUGUCUUUGCAGGAUCUGACACCACUGCAAUAUCAUUGAGGGCUUUGUUCUACUAUCUGAUCAAAAGCCCUCGCUGCUACGAUAAAUUGGUCAGAGAGAUUGACGAUCUCGACCAGACAGGUCAGCUGAGCGGUGUCGUUCGCUUUACCGAAAGCAACGAGCUUAUGCCGUUCAUGCAAGCUUGCUUGAAGGAAGCUAUGCGUUUGCAUCCUGCUGUCGGCAUGCCUUUGGAGCGUGUCGUACCAGAGGGUGGCAUCACGAUAUCGGGGAAAUUCAUUCCUCAGGGCACUGUCAUUGGAGCAAAUCCAUGGGUCGUCGCAAGGGAUCCAGCAGUGUACGGUGAUGAUGUGGAUGAGUUCCGACCUGAGCGAUGGCUCGAAGCACAGCAAGAAGAGAAAGAAGGCGACUCGAGUAGACUCAGAGCAAUGGAAAGGAAUUUCUUGGCCUUUGGUGCGGGCUCUCGAACAUGCCUAGGAAAGAAUGUGUCCUUGCUGGAGAUGAACAAGCUGAUCCCACAGUUUUUGCGAAAGUACAAAUUUGAACUCGUCGAUCCGGACUUGAAACUCGGAAUGCAAGACUACUGGUUUGCAAAGCAGACCGGAUUAGUCUGUAAGAUAUCACCUCGGAGUCACAAAUGA